GGGGGGGGGGGUUCUGUCUGGAUUAUGGGAUCCAAAUCAUUCUGUAGACACACAUGAGCACAUGGAGCUGCCUCUGCUGCUUUGGACCGUCAGCCCAUCCAAGCCAGCCUUUGUCUGCUCAGACUCUCCGGGGUCUCUGUUCUUCAUGGUCCUUUCAGCUGGAGAAACUGGGACUCCCUGCGUGCCACACAGGUGGUCCACCACUCAGCCACGGCCCCUCCCUAGGUGACUUAAUUUCAGAAGACUUCAUUGUCCGGGGCUGCCUGGGAGAAAGGCAGGUAUACAAGUAUAUUAAAUAAUUUAAAGUGAAAGAAAUGAAAAUGAUGUGCACUUCUCCACUACACACUGCAAGUAAUUCCAGCGGUUCAUCAAAAAGCAACCUUGAGCCAAAAGAAGAUGUUCUUAGCAUUGCUGCACCAUCAGUGGCAAAGCAUUACGGUCACUCUGGUUGAGAAAGUCCAGAUGAUUGCUGUCAUUUUGGGAUCCCUGUUCUUAGUAGCCAGUGUAACGUGGCUGCUGUGGUCUGCCUUCAGUCCCUAUGCUGUGUGGCAAAGGAAAGAUAUCCUUUUCCAGGUCUGCUAUGGAAUGUAUGGGUUCAUGGAUCUCGUGUGCAUAGGACUGAUUGUACAUGAAGGUGCUUCAGUCUGCAGAGUGUUUAAGCGGUGGAGAGCUGUCAAUCUACACUGGGAUGUACUGAAUUAUGACAAAGCUGCUGACAUCGAAGAGAGCAACCGAGGAGACUCUUCGGCAGCGAGGACUCUGUGGCUCAGUGCUUUUCGAAACAGAAAUCUGGUCCAUCCCACACAGUUAACCUCCCCAAGAUUCCAGUGCAGCUACAUUCUCCUACAGCUCUUCAGUCGAAUCAGACCCCAGGAGGAUUCUUCCGAAGAUGACAGCUCUGGAGAAAUUGUAAUGAGAGUGACUUCAGUGUAGAAGUUCUGGCUGUUCUGCUGUGCGCACCAAGACAGUGCAUUUGGAACCCUCUAAAAGCAUUCUAGAAUGUAGUUAAGCUGAAUGAUGAAACCAUAGCACAUAAAAACGUAUAAACUUUUUAAAUUUUGCUUUUAUAUGGUCAGUUCAAUUGCAAAUACAUUUCCCUGGAAAAGGUCUCUUUCUUUUUAUACCAUAAUUUCUCACUUUUUAUCUAUUUGUACUUGGCAUUUAUAAAAAUAUAAUUUAACAAUGGGUUUAAUAAUGUGGAAACAAGUAUUUUAAACUACAGCUAUUUUUGAUACAUUUAAGUACAUUUUCAAAGUUUGAUGUCAUUUAUUAUUUUGCAGACAUGGCAAAUGAGAUUAAUUAGAUGGUUUGUGUCUGUCAAACUACUUCCAUUCAGUUUGGGCUGGACAUGAAACACGGAUUACUUGGGGGGCGGGGUGUGUGUGGAGAUUGUGCAGUAAUUAUUCUUAAAAAUGUCAUAAAGUUUAAAAGUUAUGUAAGACCUGUGCUCAAAGCUGAGAGGUGAUAAUGAAAGAUUUUUGAUAGACUGAGGAUGUUUUAAUAUCAGUGAAGAUGCAGAACUCCCCUUUCUAUCAAAAUGACAUGCAGUACAGUCCUAAGAUAUUCCCUUCUAAACCCACUAAAGUCCUGGUAUUGGCGGUGUAUGUAUCUACGUGAUCUGGCACCGGAAAUACAAACACAACAGGUCAAAAGGGUUUUUUCCCCACAGUGGCCAGAAAAAGGGAAAUUAGCCUUUAAAUAUAAACUUCAGGAGACAGAAAAAUUAGCCAUCAAAUAUGUUUUUGUAGGAGGAACUUGUAUUUCCAUGGCUUUAAACUAUUUCAAAAGCAUUUCAACAGAAUGAUUUGUUUCUCCCUUUAAUGAAAAUUAAAUUCAAUCACACUGAA